GUUCACAUGGUCUAUAAGUUAUAGUUCAUCGGGUCUUUCUUUCUGCCUUGCCUUCUCACCCGAAACCAUGCAUUACGUGGCUACAUGACAGAGGGCGAUGUGACAGCGCCCUCUGCCACUUAAGUCGAGAAAGUAAACAAACACCUGUACCGAUCAACAACAAGUGGAUAAAAAUGGCCUUGCCCAAAGUUGUUUUGUUUGGUGAUUCAAUUACACAGUUCUCCUUUGAAGAAGGUGGAUGGGGAGCUGCACUGGCCAAUACUCUGCAAAGAAAAUGUGACGUAGUUAUGCGAGGGUUCUCGGGCUACAACACCAGAUGGGCCAAAUUAAUCUUGGAGAGAUGUGUGCCGAAGGAGAUGUUGUCGGAGGUUGUCAUGGCGACGGUAUUCCUUGGAGCCAACGAUGCCGGGUUAAAGGAAUCAAGCGUUCAGUUUGUGCCGUUGGAAGACUACAGCGAAAACUUAAAGGCUAUAGUGAAAUACUUCCAAGAAGGAGGUCUGAAGCCAUCUCAGAUUAUACUGAUCACACCCCCACCAACUGAUGAUGUGGCCUGGGACUUUGCUUGUAGGGAAAAAUAUGGAAGUCCGGGUAACCGUCUAAAUGCCAACACGGGUAAAUACGCUGAAGUAUGUAGCUCAGUAGCACAAGAAGCCAAAACAGGUCUCCUAGAUCUCUGGAAACUUAUGCAAGAAGAUAAAAGCUGGAAACGAUUCCUAUCAGACGGACUUCACUUCUCAGUGGAGGGCUCCAAGUUUGUUUCUAAACAUCUCAAUCAAAUGGUCCUUGCAGGGACGGAACAUUUACCAAUGAUAUUGCCAGAUUGGAAAGACGUUGAUGUUUCUUGCCCAGAGAAAAGCCUCUACAAAUGAGGAGAACUCGGGCGCACAGAGGACAGGAGGACCAACCUAAAAUUGGAUGCCAACAAUCUAAUUAUUUAGUGCCUGCAGAAACAAAUUUCUUCCACGAGUAACAGAUUUGUACAACUCGACUUUAAACAUUCCAGACAGUUUGACUAGGCCAAUUUUUUUGGCUCUACUUGUUAUAGAAUUCUCUAAUUAUUUCUGUGAUUGCUACUAAGUAUUGUGAAGUAUAUAGGGACAGGGGCAUAAACCAAACCUCCUUAUUAAAGCCAUUAUACAAUUUCGGAACAGAAAAAAAAAAAAACAAGUUCCCAGAUUUACAAAUAACUUACAAG